GCCGUGCGUCAUCUGCCGAUUAUUCGAAUACGUCGAUGUCGUCUGCGGCCGAGUCGAUUCGCGUCAUCCGUUUCGCCAUUUAAAUAAUGGCAUCCUAGCUCUUUAUGCCCAUCAAGCACCUCAUCUCAACACUUUCAACUUGAACUCUCAUACAUAUCAAUCAUGGGCGGUUUCUUCUGGUUCCUCAUUGGCGCGGGUACAGCUACCAUCUGGAGCCACCACCACAGGAAUCAGCCUGGGUUCUGUGGAAGGACGGAGUACACGGAGGGAUACGAACGAAGAGGAUAUGGGCCGUGGGGCCAUGGAUGGCAUGGUCGGUCCGAUGGACAGAAUCAAAAGCCGCGCAGUGACGACCUGGACCGUGAUGCGGCUCCUCCUCCCGCUCCUCCUCCUCCUGCGCACCCUCCAGUAGCAGAGGGACAGGCAUAUACAAUGGAGAGACAGGCAUACACUGAGCCUCCCUCAUCUGUGGACAAGGAGCGUCUCCGAGAGCUCAGCCGACAGGCAGGCGAUGCUAUGUCUGAAUUAUCUGAAGCCACUCUGGAUUCACUCAUGUCAACCAUCUUGGUGGCAAAGAAUAAACUUGCAGAUCGGCGCAUCCAGCGCGACUUGGAGGAAAAGCGCGUAGCGGAUGCCGCAGAGAGGGAGAAAAAGUUUCCUCCUCGUUAUGUGUAAUAUAAUAUGGACGUGUACAUUGUAUUUCUAUCGCCCUCAUCUCUAAUUUUUUCCCCUUGGACGCGCAGUGACAUCCUUUGACCUUGGUGUAUGUAGGACGAUUUCGUGUAAGUCUAUGGACCCGGCCUCUUCAAAUCGAUGCGUU